UCAGACCUCGUUGCUCCUGACGUCUACAAAGCAGGAUGAACCCGCGAUCGUUGCUCAGCGCCUGGGCAGCCCUGCUGGUGGUAACCGUGCGGCACCAAGUUCACGCCAUGGCAAGUCUGUACCCAUUUUGGCCAAACGACACAAAAACGCCCAAAGUGGAUGAUGGGAGCUCUCCUGAGAUCAAGCUCUCUGUUCCGUUCAUCUUCUUUGGAGCCCCAUACAGGACAGUUUAUGUGAACAACAACGGCGUCAUCUCCUUCAACUCGUUGGUCAGCCAGUUCACACCUGAAGCUUUCCCACUGGCUGAUGGCCGGGCCUUCGUUGCGCCCUUCUGGGCCGACGUGCACAAUGGCAUCCGUGGGGAGAUCUACUACCGCGAGAGCACCGACCCCGAGCUGCUGGGCAGAGCCUCCAAGGACAUCCGCAAGUACUUCAAGGACAUGGCAUCCUUCUCUGCCAGCUGGGUUUUCGUCGUCACCUGGGAGGAGGUGACGUUCUACGGGGGGAGCAGCACGACGCCGGUGAAUACAUUUCAAGCUGUUCUCAUCACCGACGGGGUGUCAUCCUUUGCCAUAUUUAAUUACCAAGAGAUCAGCUGGACCACGGGGACGGCCAGCGGAGGGGACCCCCUGACUGGGCUCGGUGGGGUGAUGGCCCAGGCUGGCUUCAACGGCGGAAAUAUCAGCAACUUCUUCAGCAUCCCAGGCUCCAGAACCCCAGACAUAGUCAAUAUAGAGCAAACAACCAACGUGAACAUCCCGGGGCGCUGGGCUUUCAAAAUAGAUGGCAGAGAAAUAGAUCCAGCCAAUGGCUGCAGCCUGAGAGGACAGUUUCUCCAUCAAGGCGAGAUCUUCUGGGAGAACUCAAACUGCAGCACCAAGUGCCGCUGCCUGGAUUUCAACAAUGAGAUCUUCUGCCAGGAGAUGGCUUGCGGCCCAUUCGAAGCAUGCGAGCCAAAGAUCAAGUUCUUCCAGUGCGUGCCUGUGGAGAGCAGCACCUGCGUGGUGUUCGGAGAUCCGCACUACCACACCUUCGAUGGCUUCCUCUUUCACUUCCAGGGUUCCUGCUCCUACCUCCUCGCCAGGCAGUGCUGGCCAGGCUCCCAGCUGCCCUACUUCAACGUGGAGGCCAAGAAUGAGAACCGAGGCGGCUCCUCCGUCUCCUGGCUGAGGGACAUUUUUGUGGAGGUCUACUCGCAUAAGAUUGUCCUCCCGAAGGGCAGCUUUGGGAAAGCCAAGGUGGAUGACUUGGUGGUGUCCUUACCCAUCUCCCUGGAGUUGGGCGCAAUCAAAGUCUACCAAAGUGGCUUGUCCACAGCCCUGGAGACUGAUUUUGGCCUGCUGGUGACUUACGAUGGCCAACACUAUGCCUCCGUCUCCGUUCCUGGCACGUACAUCAAUGGCACGUGCGGUCUGUGCGGGAAUUACAACAAAGACCCCGAGGACGAUGCGCUGCGCUCGGAUGGCAGGUUGGCCUCCUCCGUGCCAGAACUGGGCGAGAGCUGGCGAGUGCCUCACCCUGAAAGGAAGUGCUCACCUGGCUGCGUGGAGAACUGCAGCAUCUGCGACGCCUCCUCCGAAUCCCUCUAUUUCUCCUCUGAAUAUUGCGGCUUCCUCAACAAGAGCGGCGGGCCGCUGUGGGAGUGCGGCUCCGUCGUGGACCCCACUGCCUUCGUACACAGCUGUGUCUAUGAUCUGUGCAGCGCCCGGGAGAACGGCACCGGGCUGUGCCAAGCCAUCCAGGCGUACGCCGCGGUGUGCCAAGGCCUGGGCAUCCCGGUGGGAGAAUGGCGUGCCCAGACGGGAUGCGAGGCAGCCGUGCAGUGCCCAGAGCACAGCCACUACUCAGUGUGUGCCAGUGGCUGCCCUGCCACCUGCUCAGACCUGACAGCCCCACUGCGCUGCACUGCACCCUGCACUGAGGGCUGUGAGUGCGACGAUGGCCACGUGCUGAGCGCCGACCGCUGCGUCCCUGUGCAGAAGUGUGGCUGUGAUGUGGACGGACGGUACUACGCCAUCGGAGAGGUGUUCUGGGCAACAGCAAACUGCACAGCAGAGUGCCAGUGCGAGGAUGGCAGGGAGGCCAAGUGCUUCAACACCAGCUGCCCCGAAGGAGAGGUCUGCACCAUUGAGGAUGGCUAUCGGGGCUGCUACCCGAAGCGGGAGGGCCUGUGUUCAGUGGGACAGAACCAGGUGCUGCGGACGUUUGAUGGUGUCACCUUCCCCUACCCGCUGGAGCACUCUUACACGCUGCUCAAAACCUGCCUGGAGAAGCCUGACUUCAUCGAGGUGGACAUCAGCCAGAAGAAGCCGGGAUACGCUCCCAAUGGGCUGCGUGUCGUGCGGAUCCAGGUGGUCGGCCAGGAGGUGAAGGUCGGAGGAGCCAGCCUGUCGGAGGUCAAGGUGAAUGGCUAUGAUGUGGACCUGCCGUAUUUCCACCCUUCUGGCCACCUGGAGAUCUACCGCACUGACAACGGCACCGUGACGGAGUCAGAGGGGCUCCUGAGCAUUGGCUACUACGAUUCAGGCCUCCUGGAGAUCCACCUCUCCACUGCCUACUUCAACUGCACCGGGGGUCUGUGUGGCUUCUUCAAUGGCAAUGCCAGUGACGAGUUUUGCACGCCCAAGGGCAAGUGCACGGACAACCUGGAGCUCUUCCUGGAGAGCUGGACGACGUUCGAUGAGAUCUGCAACGGGGAGUGCGGGGACCUCCUCAAAGCGUGCAACAAUGACUCGGAGCUGCUCAAGACUUACCGGAGCCGCUCCAACUGCGGCAUCAUCAAUGACCCCACCAACAGCUCCUUCCUGGAGUGCCACAGCGUGGUCAACGUCUCAGCCUAUUACAGAACGUGCCUCUUCCGCCUGUGCCAGAGCGGAGGCAACCAGUCGGAGCUGUGCGAUGCAGUGGCACGCUAUGCCAGUGCCUGCAAGAACGCCGAGGUGGACGUCGGCCAGUGGAGGAGCCACAGCUUUUGCCCCUUGGCGUGCCCAGAGAACAGCCAUUUUGAGGAGUGCAUGAGUUGCGUGGAGACCUGUGAGACUCUAGCCACGGGCCCUGUCUGCAUGGACACCUGCACAGAGGGCUGCCAGUGCGACGAGGGCUUUGCCCUGCGUGGUUCCCGCUGCGUGCCCCGCGGUGAGUGCGGCUGCAACUUUGAGGGCCGCCAGCUGGCCACCAACCAGACCUUUUGGAUGGACAUCUCCUGCCACUUCCUCUGCUACUGCAAUGGCUCAGACAACAGUGUGUACUGCGAGAACAUCUCCUGCAAGGACGAUGAGUACUGCCUAGAAGAGAACGGCCUCUACUACUGCCACGUCCGCACUGAUGCCUCUUGCAUCGUCUCUGGCUAUGGGCACUACCUGACGUUUGAUGGCUUCUCGUUUGACUUCCAGAGCAGCUGUGCCUUGGUGCUGUGCACCACCAUCUCACGGCCGCGUGCAGAGCGGUCAGACACCUUCCCCACGUUCACUGUCACUGCCAAGAAUGAGGAUCGUGACACCUCCCUGGCCCUGUGGGUGAAGCAAGUGGAGGUGGAGGUCUUCAACUACAACAUUGUCAUCCACCGUGCCUACAAGUACACAGUGAUGAUCAACAAUGAAAGGCUCUACCUACCCCUGAAGCUGGGCCAGGGCAAAGUGAACAUCUUCGCCUUUGGUUUCCACAUUGUGGUGGAGACCGACUUUGGGCUGAAGGUGGUGUACGACUGGAAGACCUUCCUCUCCGUCACCAUCCCGCGCAGCUUCCAGAACCUGACCUACGGCCUCUGCGGCCGCUACAAUGGCAACCCCGACGAUGACCUGGUGGCUGCGGGUGGCAUGCCUGCCUUUGGCAUCACUGACUUCGUGCAGAGCUGGGCCAAGCGGGACACCUUCUGUCGGGUGGGCUGUGGCGAUCGCUGCCCAGCCUGUGGCAAAGUGGAAGGCUUCUGGAAACCCCAGCAGCUCUGCAGCCUCAUUCCCAGCCAAAGCGGUGUCUUCGCCAAGUGCCACAGCAAAAUCAACCCCAGCUAUUUUUACAAGAACUGCCUCUUUGACACGUGCGUUGACGGGGGAGCCAUGCAGACAGCCUGCGGCUGGCUGCAAAACUAUGCCAGCACGUGCCAGACGCAGGGCAUCGCCAUCAUCGGCUGGAGGAACUUCACCUCAUGCUCUGUCAGCUGUCCCCCCAACAGCCACUAUGAGAGCUGUGUGUCCCUGUGCCAGCCCCGCUGUGCUGCCAUCCGCCUGAAGAGCGACUGCGGCCACUAUUGCGUGGAGGGCUGCCAGUGUGACCCUGGCUACGUGCUGAAUGGCAAGAGCUGCAUCCUGCCCCAGAACUGCGGCUGCUACUCUGAUGGCAAAUACUAUGAGCCCAAGCAGCUCUUCUGGAACGGGGACUGCACACGGCGGUGCCGCUGCUUCCGGCGCAACCUGAUCCAAUGCGACCCGCGGCACUGCAAGUCGGACGAGGAGUGCGCCUCGCGCAACGGCGUGCGCGGCUGCUUCAGCACACGCAGCUCCUUCUGCCUGGCGGCGGGCGGCGGCGUCUUCCGCACCUUCGAUGGCGCCUUCCUCCGCUUCCCCGCCAACUGCGCCUUCGUGCUGUCCACCAUCUGCCAGAAGCUGCCCGACUUCUCCUUCCAGCUCAUCAUCAAUUUCGACAAGUGGUCCUCGCCCAACCUCACCGUCAUCUCCCCCGUGUACUUCUACAUCAACGAGGAGCAGAUCCUCAUCAGUGACAGGAGUACGGUCAAGGUGAAUGGCAGCCUCGUGAGCAUCCCCUUCGUCACGGGACUCUCCACCAAGAUCUACAGCCAGGAGGGCUUCCUGGUGAUCGACUCCGGCCCCGACAUCCAGAUCCGUUACAACGGCUUCAACGUCAUCAAGAUCACCAUCGGAGACCGGCUGCAGAACAAGGUGUGCGGGCUGUGUGGCAACUUCAACGGCGACCCGGCGGACGACUACGCGACGCUGAGGGGCAAGCCGGUGGUCAGCAGCGUGGUGCUGGCACAGAGCUGGAAAACCAAUGGCAUGCAGAAGAGGUGAGGUGGAUGUGGUGGGGGGCACGGGGCUGGGCAGUUGGGGACCCCCCCCCCCCACGACGUGUCCGGUGCCCGCAGCUGCAACGAGCUGCAGUACUCCCAGUACGCCGCGUCCUGCGACAACGUCCAGAUCCAGAAGCUUCAGAGUGACAACUACUGCCUGAAGCUGACAGACAUGAAGGGCUUCUUCCAGCCCUGCUACGGCCUGCUGGACCCUCUGCCCUUCUACGAGUCCUGCUUCUUGGACGGCUGCUACAACCGCAAGCAGGUGCAGCUGUGCGGCUCACUGGCUGCCUAUGGUGAAGCGUGCCGUACUUUCGGCAUCCUGGGCACCGAGUGGAUUGAGAAGGAGAAUUGCUCAGGAGUGGUGGAGGACCCCUGUGCUGGCGCCGACUGCCCCAACCGGACCUGCGAGCUGGAUGAUGGUGGGGAGCUGUGUGGCUGCAUUGAGCCCCCACCCUACGGCAACACCACCCAUGACAUCAUUGAUGCAGAGGUGACGUGCAAAGCUGCACAAAUGGAGGUGUCCAUCUCCAAGUGCAAGCUGUUCCAGCUGGGCUUCGAGCGCGAGGGCGUACGGGUCAAUGACCGCCACUGUCCUGGCAUAGAGGGCGAGGACUUCAUCUCCUUCCAGAUCAACAACACCAAGGGCAAUUGCGGCAACUUGGUGCAGUCCAACAGCACUCACAUCGUAUACAAGAACACGGUGUGGAUUGAAAGUGCGAACAACACAGGCAACAUCAUCACCCGGGACCGGACCAUCAAUGUGGAGUUUUCCUGUGCCUAUGAGCUGGACAUCAAGAUCUCUCUGGACUCAGUCGUGCGGCCAAUGCUCAGUGUGAUCAACCUGACAGUGCCAACGCAGGAAGGAAGCUUCACAACCAAGAUGGCCCUGUACAAGAACUCCUCCUACAAGCACCCGUACCGGCAGGGGGAAGUGGUGCUGACCACGCGGGACGUGCUCUACGUGGGGGUCUUUGUGGUGGGGGCUGACUCCAACCACCUGAUCCUGAUGCUGAACAAGUGCUAUGCAACACCCUCACGGGACAGCAAUGACAAACUGCGCUACUUCAUCAUUGAGGGAGGGUGCCAAAACUUGAAGGACAACACCAUUGGCAUAGAGGAGAACGGGGUGUCCCUGACCUGUCGCUUCCAUGUCACUGUCUUCAAGUUCAUCGGGGACUACGAUGAAGUGCACCUGCACUGUGCUGUUUCACUGUGUGACUCGGAGAAGUACUCCUGCAAAAUAAACUGCCCCCAGCACCGGCGGUCAGCCAGCGCCUUCACUCACGAGGCCCAUGAGCAGAUCCUGUCAGUGGGGCCCAUUCGGAGGAAACGAUCAGACUGGUGUGAGGACAAUGGUGGCUGUGAGCAGAUCUGCACGAGUCAAGCGGAUGGACCCCUCUGCAGCUGUGUGACAGGGACACUGCAAGGGGACGGCAAGAGCUGCAGGGCCUCCAGCUCUUCAGCAGACAGCCGAGCCCAAGCAAGUCUUCUGGUGGUGGCACAGCUGUGGCUGUGGGCAGCUCUGCAGGACCCAACCUCAUAGGGGUGGCUCUGCUGCCCAGCCAUGUACUGUUCUCGUGUCAGCCUGAGUCUCUGUAGGGUAGCAGCCAGCACCCCCAGCGACAAACCCACCGCUGAGCCGGCCCCACAGGUAUAGGAGGGAUUGGAAUCGGCCUGGAGUGAGGAGGAAUGAUCACUGGAAGCACAGAAGGCACCUUGACAACAACAGAGAUCAGGAAACUCACAGGGCUUGCAGCUUUUCCCCAGGUUCUGUCCUGUAGCAUUUUGCCCAGGUGGGCAGCACCUCUGUUAGCAGACGGGGAUGGGCUGAGCCUCAUCCACAUGUAGCAUCCGUACCCUCAGAGGGGCUUCUGCCCCUCCUGGGACAAGCUCUCAGAACAGUCGGCAUCAUCAGAGCGCUGGGAUGCAGCCAGAGGUAGGUGGCACCGCGCAGGGUGCAGCAGAACGGAGGAGCGCGCUCGGCUCGGAGGACGUUGGCACAGCAUGGGAACUCAUCAUCCUUCAGAUCUCCAUCCAAGGGAGCGGUGGGGGUGUGGGGCAGAGGGCUGAGCGUGUGUCUGGGGGGGCGGAGAGGCAUGGGAAGUGCUUUUGGAAGGGAGAAGCGUGCUUAAGAAGAGGAGAG